AUGUACGUUGGAUACUUACUGGAUAAAGAAAGCGGGAUGUAUCACCAAGGGCCAGUAAGAAGAUCGAGCAUCAAUCUUCCUCCACAGAACUUCGUUUCGUCUCCACAGUACCCCGACUUUACAGGAUACCAUCAUGUGCCAAACAUGGACACGCACGCACAAUCCGGGGCCAGUUGGGGACCCUCGUAUGGCGCCCCGAGAGAGGACUGGGGUGCAUAUAGUCUUGGACCUCCUAACAAUCUUCCUCCCCCCAUGAACAACUCAUCUCCUGGACAAGUUUCUUACUGUUCGUCCGAGUACAGUCACAUGCACCCCCCCGGAGCUGCGGUGCUGCAGCCGCCGCCGGACAACGUUACUGUUGCACAGCUUUCUCCUGAGAGAGAAAGGCGCAAUUCAUACCAGUGGAUGAGCAAAACGGCACAAGCAUCUUCUACAGGUAAAACAAGAACGAAGGAGAAAUACAGGGUAGUGUACACAGACCAUCAGAGGCUGGAGCUGGAGAAGGAGUUUCACUUCAACAGAUACAUCACCAUCAGGAGGAAAUCCGAACUGGCUGUCAACCUGGGUCUGUCGGAAAGACAGGUGAAAAUAUGGUUUCAGAACCGCAGAGCGAAAGAGAGGAAGCUGAUAAAGAAGAAAUUGGGUCAGUCUGACGGCAGCAGCGGGUCUGUGCACAGUGACCCGGGUUCCGUGAGCCCUCUGCCGGUGCCGGGCUCCCUCAGUCCCACGGAGAUCCACAGCUCUCUGUACCCUCCUCAGGGAAUGAACACCUUGCCGUCUAUCAGGAAUAUCCAGCAGGUGACUGUGACUCAGUAGAACAGUCCAAAUGUGGACCGUCCGGUCCGCCACCUCUCCUAAACCGAGCACUCCAACACGCUGACAUGCGGGACA